UCGAUUAUUGGCUAAAUGGCCUUCAUUCAUUGCUGAACUAUACGGUCUAGUGUAUGUCAUGUUUUUCUACAACCUUGUAUACCGUUUCAUAAUGCGUAGGGAUUUGUGGUACUCGGAGGUUUUUUUGUUUUGUUUUGUUUUGUUUUGCUGGACUUAGGAUCAGGAAAUGUGAGUGAUGCGAAAAUAAAAAUCCUGAGUAUUAAAGAGCAACCCAAAUAAUAAGACUUGCUGCUAAACUGGAAGAAACUUUUCUAAAAAUGGGUUAACAAUAGAACAUGACUAAAAGCCUCAGCUUUUUGAUUUGGUCAUCAAAAGAAAAAGAAUCGGAGAACCUCUGAGACAGCCUGGGCGACACCAACAAAGGAUUUUCCAACGUGGUUGGAGCCUGGAGAGUUAAAGAAACUUUUCCGGUUUUUCGCUGGUUUUAAGGAGUUCAGUGUCAAAGAAAAACCAGAAAAAAUACAGAUGACAAUGCUUAUAAAAAUAUGCAUGAGUCAGAGGAAACCCACGUAUCCAACCACCUAGAUGACAUCGUUGCUGCGGUCAGCAUCACUCCCAGAAACAAGAGCCACAGCGAUCUGCCCCAGACAGUGCUGUUCCAGCCCCCGCGGGAGAAGCUGCAGCUCUGUGAAGAGAAGGCGAGGGCCUGCUCCAGCAGCCGGGAGUAUAAGCAGGCUGUCCGAGAGCUUGUGCGCUGCGUAGCACUGACGAGAAUUUGCUAUGGCGACUCCCACUGGAAACUGGCGGAGGCACACAUCAACCUGGCUCAAGGCUACCUCCAGCUGAAAGGUCUCUCACUGCAAGCAAAGCAACACGCAGAAAAAGCCAAGGAGAUCCUCCUCACUAACUCCAUUGGGCCCCCAUGUAGUGACAACACAGGUGUUUUCAAGUGUUCGGUGGUGCUCUUCCACACCAUGGGGAGAGCCUUACUCGACCUUAAAAAAUUUAAGGAAGCUUCAGAGAACUUGGAAAAAGCAGAGAGACUCUCAGAGGAACUGCUGCAACGUGGAAGGAUCGGAAAGGAAGAGUGGGUGGAAACUCAAGCGCGGAUCGAGUGGUCAUUUGCACAGGUAUAUCAAGGUCAGAAGAAGUUACAAGAAGCUUUGUCCCACUACAAAGAGGCUUUGGAAUAUAUGGAGAGCAGCAAAGGUGAAAAAAGUCUCGAGUGUGUCCCGCUGUUGCGGGAGCUGGCAGGCGUAGAGCAAGCCCUGGAGUUCCACGACGCAGCCAUCGGCCAUUUGUUACAGGCACAUCUCAUCGUCCUGGGCAGAAACCUCACUCAAGAGGAGACGGCAGACUCCGCGCACUGUGUUGCCCACGCCGCCGCUGCUUCUCGGAGGCCCGCGCACCAAGGUGUGGCCGAGCAGUAUUUUCAAGAGUGCAUGUCUCAUCUUCAGGACUGUGGAGGGAGGGAAACAGCCAAGUUUCUCUCAGUUCAAGAUGAAUUUUGUCAUUUUCUGCAAAUUGCUGGACAAAAUGAGAGAGCAACCUCCAUCCUGAGAGAGUCCCUGGAAGCCAAAGUGGCCACGUUUGGUGACUUCAGUCCCGAGGUGGCAGAGACGUACCGGCUCCUGGGCGGGGCAGCCCUGGAGCAGGGGAAGCACCGCAUGGCCCACAGGAUGCUGAAGAAGUGUCUCCACAUUCAGAUGCUCCUGUAUGGACCGCAGGACAAGAGGACCCUGGCCACCCAGCAGACCGUGGACGAUCUGGCCAAGGUCGCUGAGGUCGCUGUGAAGCCAAGGCCAACUCCGAAGGCCAAAGUGGCCUUUAACACCAGCGCCCCCCGGCACAUGGCGCUGGGGAGGGGCAGGCCCAGCGCAGCCAACUGAGACCCCCGGCCCCGAGGCGGCUUCCCACGGUGGGCCUGGGUGCCACCCCUCGGGGUCUGUGCCAGCCUCUCCCUCGAGCAGAUGGAAUUUACAGUUAGCGUGGACUUCCCUGGCCGACAGUGGGCUCCGGCACUCACCAGAGAGACCAUCAGCGCCACGACGGGGCGCGGCCUUCGGCGUGACCGGGGGCUGCACGGCACAGUUUUCCCUCGGUCACUUGUGGUGUCUUUCUGGCCAGCAAGGAUCUGGGACCCAGCAGCACUCCUGAGGCUGGAAGACUUCUCUCCAGGAGCUCAGAACCUCCUGCGCGGGGGAGGCGGGCUGGGCCCUGCGCACGCGCACAGCUGGCUGGGGUCAGCCUCGGAGCAAGAACACAAAUCCCGAGGAAGCCUCUUCUUACAGGAAGGGGGCAGACCCUGAGAAUAAACGGCUCAGGAAGGGACUUCCUCAGUGCUGGUGUCACGGUCCGGCCUGGGUGGGCACAUCAUCCCAGGCACCUGUUAGCCGCGGGGGGCAUGUGCAAGCUGGCCACUCGCUGUGGCUAGCCACGGGAUGCCUGUGUCGCCUAGGAACACUGCAGAGUCCCCAGCCGCAGGGGGGCCGUGAGCAGGUGCAGAGCCUCGGCCCUGGGCUCCCAGGCUCUGCACGGCGAGUGGAGCGAGCCUCGCUUCUUUGUAAACCACCCGGCUGUGCUCCUCAGGUACAGACCCAGGCAGGCUGGGCUCUUCAAGGGAAGCCUGCGUCAGAGCUCCUCGGAGCCAGAAGACAGGCAUGGGGACGGCGUCACUCACGGUGUGGUGCACAGCGGGCAUGGGCUUGUGCUAAGAGCAGGGACACAACAGAAAGGAGGCACACCCAGUCCUGCUCCCCCUCCUCUAUGAGCUGGCAAUCCAGCAUGGCCCUGGAGGCAAAACGGAUAUGGUGGGGGACUGCAGGGUGGGUGCUAAGUGGGCCCCACGUGGCCCUGGGGUGGAGGAGGCAGGUGUAGGUCAGCAGAAAGGUGGGCACGGAGGGUUGUGGGGCAGGGGCGACGACCCCCUGCUGCCCUGCAUCCUUUCCUGGAUCCCCCACCCCAGGCAGGACAAACAUGGCUGGGCCCUGGAGCUGCUGCUGCUUGAGCCGGCACAGCCCCACCCCACACCCUGUCCUCUGGGGCUUUCAGCCUGCUGGUGAGGCAGCGGUGGAGAGAGAGGCUUUGAGCGCCUGUCUCCACCCUGUGAACACGGCGAUCGGGUGCUGGCAGGAGGCGGAUGGAUCACCUAGAGGGUGGAGAUGCAGGAGUGGGCAGGAAUACCUCUGCCCCCUUGGACGGUGGCCAGUGAGGCCGCAGGCAGGUGCUCGGACAGCCCCAGGAUGACAGCCUGGUGCCCUCCAGCCCCACAAGCAAAGCGGGGUACCACUCCACGUGUGUGGGGGACCACCUCGAGAACUGAUGGGGGAAUCAACUGGGGGAGCUCUGAAGUGCAGAGUGGCAGGGGCCCUCCCUGGUCUUCCUGCGGAGCUGCGAGCUGACCCGCAGGCCGUUCCUGCUAACACCCACGGGUCCCAGACCCAGGCCUGUGAACAGGGGGCAGAAAGGUGUGUGGCUGUGGCCACUGCUCCCCGAGCAUCCUGUGCAGUCGAAGACGCGGGUCUCCACGCGGGUGGGGGAGUGAGUAUUUUCAACACGGACCACACGGGGGUGUGCUGUGGACUGAGCGUGCCCCUCGCCUCCAGUGCGCGUUGAAGCACCGGUCCCCAGGGUGACACUGCUCGCUGUUUGCCGGCAGGCUCUGGGGGAGGUUGUUCCGUCAGGGGAGUGAGCCCUGCUGAGGGACACUGGUGCCUUUAAAAGAAAAGAUGCUUCGCUGGCACUGUGGUGCUGUCAUCCCAUAUGGGCGUCGGUUCUAGUCCUGGCUGCUCCACUUCUGAUCCAGCUCUCUGCUGUGGCCUGGGAAAGCAGCAGAAGAUGACCCAAGUCCUUGGGCCCCUGCACCUGCCUGGGAGACCCAGAAGAAGCACCUGGCUCCUGGCUUCAGAUUGGCCCAGCUCCUGCUGUUGCAGCCAUUUGGGGAGUGAACCAGCAGAUGGAAGACCUCUCUCUUUGUCUUUCCCUCUCAUUGUCUGUAAC